GCAAAAUGGCUCAGUCGUUGGAGGAGAUGAGGGAGAGGGAUAGAGCCGACGGUCCGGCCGCAGUUCUAGCCAUUGGAACGGCCAACCCUCCGAACACGGUUCUUCAGGCCGAAUACCCUGACUACUUCUUCGGCGUCACCAACUCUGAACACAUGACCCAUCUCAAAGACACGUUCAAGCGCAUGUGCGAAAAGUCGACGAUAAGGAAGCGUCACUUGCACAUGACAGAGAGCUUCCUGAAAGAGAACCCUAAUCUCUGCGCCUUCAUGGCUCCAUCUCUCGACGCUCGCCAGAACGUGGGGGUGGUGGAGGCCACUAGGCUCGGGAUGGAUGCGGCCGUUAGAGCCAUCGAGGAGUGGGGUCAGUCCAAGUCCAGGAUCACUCACCUUGUCUUCUGUACCAUCUCAGGGCUCGACAUGCCAGGAGCUGAUUACCAGCUGACCAAGCUCCUCGGCCUCAGCCCCUGUGUCAAACGACUCAUGCUGUAUCAACAGGGCUGCUUCGCCGGCGCUGCAGUUCUCCGCCUCGCCAAGGACCUCGCCGAGAACAACCGUGGCUCACGAGUCCUUGUCGUCUGCUCCGAGAUCACCACCAUCACCUUCCAUGGCCCUUCUGAAGCCCACACCGACAUUCUCGUCGGUCAAGCCCUAUUCGGUGACGGCGCUGCAGCUGUCGUCAUCGGCUCUGACCCCGACACAAACCUCGGAGAGACACCUAACUUCGAGCUGGUCUCGACGGCUCAAACGAUCAUCCCGGACUCAGAAAACGCCAUACUCGGCCACUUGAGAGAAUCAGGGCUUGUGGUCCAGCUCUCAAAAGACAUACCUAGACUGAUCUCCGACAACAUUGAGAAGAGCCUGGUGGAACUGUUCGAGGCACUCGGGAUAAGUGACUGGAAUUCUGUAUUCUGGGUGGUGCACCCUGGUGGUCCUGCCAUCUUGGACCAGGUCGAGGCCAAGCUUCGUCUGAAUCCCAACAAGAUGCGAGCCACGCGUCACGUGCUGAGUGAGUACGGCAACAUGUCGAGCGCGUGCGUGCUCUUCGUCCUGGACGAGAUGCGGCGGAGAUCGGUGGAGGACGGGGCCAGAACCACCGGAGAGGGAUUGGAGUGGGGGAUCUUGGUCGGAUGCGGACCAGGUCUCACCGUCGACACCGUCCUCCUCCGCAGUGUCCUUAUCCGUUCAAAGUCUUGAUAGAACAGAGAAAUAGUGGAGAAUUGUUGGAUUUUUCAUUAUUCAAUAUAAAGAAUUACAAUAUUUACAGAUAGAAAAUAGAAUCACAAUAUAUCUUAUUUAAUCAAU